AUGGAUAAUGAUGAACAAUUAGAAACAGAUUGUGAGAUCAGCGAAGAUAUGCUAGAAAGAGAGACCGGAGACGAUCCCGACAAACUUAGUAGGUAUAACAGCAAUUUAACUCCGUCUGUGAUUUUUAAAAUCUACAUUAACAAGUCAAGUGAAUACCACAUCAGUAACUUAAUAUACCUAUUAAAAUUAUUUUUGUCAAGGAAUCAUCAGACCCACUACGAACAGUUUGGGAUACUACAAGCAUCAGUUAAAAUCGAUAAUAAAAAUUACGAUAUACAACUAGAAACCGUCAGGGAUCACAGUUUUGGUGUGCAUAGGGAAUGGAGACAAUUUAAACGAUACGGACUUCAUUUUUUCUCUACGCAAAAAGGUGAUAGAUUUUCUUUGGGACAAAUUUGUCUGCCCAUAAAUUUCUCCCGUUUGACAGUUGGAUACAUUUAUCUGGCAAAAGAUAAAAAAAUUUAUUCAGUGCAGGACUGUGACUUAGAACUAUAUCAACACGGUCAUUUUGGAACGCCUCCAAGAGAUUAUGCCUUCAGCUUUACUGCAGGAAACAAAAAGUACGUUGUUAAGGUAAACGUGAUAGAUUCGCCUUAUUUCUACAUUAGCAAAGACUGGGAAGCGAAAAUAUUCGAGAGUUUAUGUGAAUUUGAAGUAAACGGUGUUAAAGGCUGGGGUGCUGCAGAGUGGCAAUACAGGAACAUCGAAGGAAAAACUGUUAUGGAUUAUUCUGAAAAUGUUCGAUAAAUUUUACAAUACAUAUAAUCAUCCA